AUGCGGUUUCCACACCAGCUGCGAGUGGCCGCAGGCCAGCCCGUCAGACCGUCCACCACGACCCCAGUCGCGCUUCUCCCCGCUCCUAGGACUGCCGCCGGAGGCCGAAGGCCAAUCACACUGCAGCUAGGUCUUGCGAUUAGACAGCAGCGGGUGCAGAUUGGCUAUUGCUACCAGUUUCGGCCUCCCUCCUUUUCCCUUUUGCCCCCAUUCCAGCUCCUGAGCUUCAGGCCAAUGAGAAGGCGCUUUACAGACGCCCUCCCUUCGCUCUCUACUUCUCCCCACCUCGGCGAGGGAAGAGACGUCCUGACUGGCCAGACUGUCCUCGGAAGCCCCAUUCCGUUCACCAAUCACCGAGGGAGAUGCACUCCCAGCGGAGUUUCGGCCAAUUACAAAGCGGCCACGGCGCCCAGCCGUGCGGUUUCGCCAGCGACUCCGGGCUUCACCGUCCUUAACUCUUCAAGCUUUUUCCUGAGGGCCAGCGACUCUGAUUGGUCACUGUUGUCUUUGCCGAAUUUCUCCUCCAGCCAGCCACAGAACAAGGCGAACCCACCUUUUCCUCGGUCGGCUGUCUUCGGCAUUUUCCGUCCUUGGGCGUGA